GCGCUUUCUGUUUUCCUUCAAAAACAAAAACCAAAUCAUCAUUUCCACCUUUAAUUCCUCCCUCCAUUCUCAAGUCAACAUUAUAUGCAGCUACACAUAUUUUGUUGUAACGUUCUAGAUACAUAUUUUUAAUUAUAUCGAUUUUACCUGUCAUGUCGGAGAUUCAAAUCCGGCAACUUAAUCAGUUGAGGGAGAUAUUCGCUCGCUUCGACAUGGAUUCAGACGGAAGUCUGACCAUGUUGGAGCUAGCGGCACUCCUAAGGUCACUCGGGAUGAAACCCUCGGGUGACCAACUUCAAGCACUGCUUAAAAGGAUGGACUCCAAUGGCAAUGGCUCUGUCGAGUUUGAUGAACUGGUCAGAGCCAUAAUGCCGGACAUGGAUGCUCAGAUUCUGCUUAAUCAAGAACAGUUACUUGCCAUGUUUAAGUGCUUUGAUCGCGACGGCAACGGCUAUAUCUCGGCUGCCGAGUUGGCCGGUGCAAUGGCGAAGAUGGGCCAGCCGUUAACGUACCGCGAGCUGACUGAGAUGAUCAAGGAGGCUGACACGGAUGGUGAUGGUGUUAUCAGCUUCAAUGAAUUUGCAGCUAUCAUGUCUCGCUCUGCAUCUGAUUUCUUAGGACUCAAGAAGAAAACAAGUUCAUUGGACUAACUUCUUGUAGAUUCUUGUGUUUUUCUUUUCUUCUUUUUCAUUGUUUUGUUUGAUCUGUAGCUUGUACUAUAAUAAUUCUGUAGUUUUUCUAUUAGUAUCUGGUGAAUACUCAGACACGAAGAUAUCCGAAGAUAAUAUCUAAGAUGUUGAUAGUUUGAUAUAUAUUAUGUUAUAUAUUUUAGUUAAAUAUGUCAAACUAUGUAACGGUGCUAUUAUCUUCAUAUGAAAUAUGGAAUCAAAUAAGGGCAUUUGAUUUGUUGAAAUAGUAGAUUGGUGAUUUUGAAUUUGAA